AUGGUCAAGAAUAUUCUCAUUAAUAAAACGAGCUGUUGCUUUUGCAUGAGUUUGAAAGUUGGUGCUAUAGUCGCUUCUGCGAUUUGGCUGUUAAUUGCAUUGUAUGGUGCCGUCGCCAAUUUUAUGUACUAUAGCUCUAGUAAAAACGGAGACCUUAACUUUUAUUCUAGUGCUAGAUGGUUCUCCUUGUUUUCCGCUGUCUUAUGCACUUUUCUAACUGGGGAUGUCAUAUUUGGAUUCUUCGUUAUAUUCUGCGCUAACACAGCAAAAAUGUUAAAAAUCUACUCGUGCAUGGCUUACUUUAUUGCUGGAGGAUUUUUCCUCCUUGAAGUUAUUUCUCUUAUUGUUCUUUUUGCGAACAAGAACAGCUUCAUAUCUAUUUGCGUCGAUACGUCGGUGAAUAAAAACAAUAAAACUUUGGAUGAUGCAAAUAAAAUAUGUAAUUCCAUCUAUAGCUAUACCAUGUUUAUGGGAAUUGCUUCUGCUAUUAUUAUCAUUGCCAACUCGGUUUUCUUUCUCCAGGUGAUAAGAGCUUAUGCCAAAAGUCAACAAGAUAUCGAGGAUUCGGUUAUUGAAACAAAGGCUUGA